UAAAUCGCAAGUUCAUCACAAUGGCUGAUCAGGCAGAUUGGCGUACUCAAAAUUUCCGUCAGAAACUCGUUGCUCAAAUAGAUGAUGCAAUUCGACAGUCAGCUACUCCAAUGGUGCGAUCGAGUAUGGACAUGGAAAACCAUGUUUUCCAAAAAGCUAAGACACGAGAGGAGUACCUGGCCUUGGUUGCUAGACUGAUUCUGCAUGUGAAAGAUUUCAAUCCAACCAAGAAGAACCAACAGGCGGGGGUGGCUGGCCCUGGAAUGGCAGCCCAUGGUAUCGGUGGAGGGGCCGUAGUCCCAGGACAACAGGACCCCAUCAAUGCCCUUCAAAACCUCACCAGACAGGGGGUGGGGCAACAAGGGAUGAUGACAACACACCAGAUGACGCCACAGCAGAGACAACAGCUUGUUGCACAGCAACAGGCACAGCAUUCAAUGCUGCAACAGCGAACUCAGCAGCAACAUCAACAGCAGCAACAGCAACAACAGCAACAGCAGCAGCAACCUCAGCAACAGAAGCCCCAGUUGCAGAGACAAGAUGCAUUCAUUGUCACCUCCCCACAGAAUGUGCAGCCCGUUCAGAGUCAGCCCCUCCCUGCCUCCUGUCAGAAUAUCCCGUUCCAGCCCACGUCCGGGGCAGCUCCUCGCCCCGUCGGCCCCAGUGGGAUCUCAGGCCAACAGCAGCAGUUCCAGCAGUCCUCUGGACCGCAGUCAGCUGGCUCCAUGGCUCCGGCCCACUCCCCUGCCCAGAUGAGUUCCCCAGUGACCAUGCUGACAGCCCCGUCACCUCAGCCGCAGGUAACACCAUCCCCUGCAGCCAAGGGUAACACCGGCACACCAUCCCCUAGUGCGGCUCUCAACACUCCAGGUAAUCCUGGCUCUGUGCCCGCCCCAAGUCCUGGCCAACCCAGGAACACAAGCGAGGAGCAGGCCUACCUGGACAAACUCAACAAGCUGUCCAAGUACAUCGACCCCCUCCGCCGCAUGGUCAACAGGCUGGAGAAGGACGGAGAUCGGAAGAAAGAUUACCACAAAAUGAAGAGUUUACUGGACAUUUUGACCGAUUCCACUAAGAGGGUGCCAGUUGCUAUGUUACAACGAUGUGAGCAGGUGCUCCAGAACUGGGACAUACAGACCAAAGGGAGUUCGAGCACGGCAGUGUCUAGCGUCCACAGCUCCUGGUGUCAACACUUGACAGAUGCUCUGUCCACUCAUAUCAAGUCCUCCACCAUCAACCAUAGCCUCUUCCGCUCCUUCGGACCUGCAAUCAACACCCUCUGUGGAGCCCCCAUCAGAGGUCCUAGUCCACCCAAGAAGCAGAAGACAAUGCCCCUCCAAACAAAGAAGGAGGGUCUACCAGACCUCCUGCAGGGCGAGAUCGCUCGGCUCCAUAACCGCUUCCGCGUCAGCCUUGACCCCCUUCACCAUGCUGACUCCAAGUCCAUACACCUGGUCUGCCGCCUUGAUGACAAGUCCCUGCCAAGUGUGCCCCCGAUCUCUGUGAUGAUCCCAGGCAACUACCCGAUGUCCAGCCCACAAUGCAACACCAGCUCCGAGGGCUAUGAUGUGAGCUCCUUCUCUCAGGAUGUCCAGAAGAACCUCAACGACUCCGUCCUGAAGAUGCCCAACAAGUUCUCCUUGACCUCCCUCCUGGACACCUGGGAGAUGUGUGUGCGGAGAGCCUGUGCCUCCAUCAACGUUGCAGGAGGGUGCUGAAUGCUGCAACAGAGGCAUUUGGUCUUCGGGAAGAGAAACAUGGAGAUCACGUAUGGGUUCUCAUUCCAGCAGUAUUCAGCAGUGUCUGAUACCUGAUUAUCGGGUCCGAUGGUCUAGCAGUCUUUUGCCAUAUUUGGAUCUGACGCUCCAGCAGUCUGUUGCCAUAUAUGGGUCUUGCAUGAGCAAUUUUUGUCACACGAGGCAAGGGAACCUUUUGUGUCAGUGUACCAUGGUGUAAUACUCUCCCUUUGUUAUGCCUGGAUUCGAUGAUCAUGGGUUCAUUAUGAUUCCCACUUAAUGAGAGCUACCCUGAGCUUACUGUUAUAGCACUACAAACUCUUGUGGGGCAGGGCCCUUGUCCCCAGCUAACUUGCGUAAGGUUCUAAGUCUGGCCUAAGUCAAGGUGACUUGAGGGGAGUCAACCUACCCGACAGUUGGCUCAGACACGGUUACUUACAUGAGGAUAUGGCUGUAACCACACUGACCACUUCUAAGACUCUAGAGGCCAUUCAUGACCAGUUCUUGCAAGUCCAGUAACUUUAUGUUUGAGGUUGAUCUGAAAUGCUGUACAUACUACCUUAUGUAGUGUUCUGUCACAUGUCAAUUUUCAUUUUCGAGAUUAGAAUAAAAUGUAAUUUAUGUA